CCGGCUUUGGGUGCCAUGUAAAUGUAAUCAUGGAAAAUUUCGCGGAAGAUGUAGCUCGACUUUGUAUAGAGAAAUAUAAUUUUCUAAAAAAAACUAGUAAACCUAAUGCUCAUGAAUGGACUGUGUUAUCUGGCAUUGUUUUAAAAAACGCUGACAGUUCAAUGUCUGUGGUGGCACUUGCUACUGGGACGAAAUGUUUAGGAGAUUCAGAAUUGUCAAAAGAUUCUCGAGAAGAAAAAGGUUCUCGAUUAAGUGAUUCACACGCGGAGGUUUUAAGUAGGCGUGCGUUUAUACGUUACUUAUACGAUCAGAUCGAUUUGACUUUGAGUGACUCUGGGAGUGCAAUUUUUUCACGGAAUGACAAAAAUAAAAUAGAAUUAAAUAGUAAUAUAUCAUUUCAUUUUUUUUCAAGUCAAACACCAUGUGGGGAUUGUUCUAUUUUUCCUAAAUUGGAAACAAAUGGUCUGUCUCCAUGUAAGAUUAGUAUCAACAAAGAUGCUAAUGGACAUGUCAUCAUAGAAUCAUAUAAAGAUGUACAUAGAACAGGAGCUAAAUGUGUGAAAGGAGAAGGAGCACAAGAUCCUCAUUUGCCUGGUGCAGAUUAUCAUAUUGUGGGGCCUUUGCGUACCAAACCAGGUAGAGGAGAUCCCACGAGUAGUUUAUCUUGUUCAGAUAAGAUAGCAAAAUGGCUCAUUCUUGGAUUACAAGGAUCACUCUUAUCAUUAUUAAUAUCUCCAAUAAAGCUGGAAAGUAUCACAAUUGGAGGCGAUUCUCCAUUUUCUUUGGACGCCAUGGAACGUGGACUAUAUAAGAGAUUUAAUAAUAAGUUGGUCAGAGUCAACAUUUUUCAAGCAAAAACUGUCUUUAUGCACAAGAAAGGACAGCAAAGAUCAUAUCCCUGUCCAAUAAGCAUUAUAUGGUGUGCUGUAAGGAACAGUGCAUUAGAAAUAGCAGUUGCAGGCAGAAAGCAAGGGAUAACAAAAAAGAGAAAAGGCAAUAAUUUACUUAUAACUAGACGAAUGCUUUUGCAAAAUUUUUUGCAAAUUUUUGAUAAAUAUCAGAAUUACUACAGUGAGAUAAGACAUCCAAAAAAGAUUACGUAUUAUGAUUGGAAGCAAUGGUCAAUAAUUUAUCAAAAUGAAUGGAAACAAUUAAAACGUGAAUUAUUUCAUAAUUGGCCAUGUAAACCAAUGCAUUUGCAAAAUUUUGCAUUAUAA